UAUUUUUAUGAUGGGUAGUAAUUCAUAAAUAUAUAUUAAAAAAAUACCAUUGCAAUAUUUAAAAAAAAAUAUAUGUAAAAUAGAAAAUAGGAUAGAUAAGUACUCUUCUUAUCUUAUAUAUUUUAUAUAAUCUAUUGUGAGGGUUGUUCCUUUAUUUAUUUAUUUAUUUUUUUUUGCUUUCCCUAUAAUAUACAUCUCUCUCUCUAUCUGCCUACCGCCAAACAUAGUAUAAAGAAUCUAUAGAAAAAUAAAUUUGAAAUGUUUAAUAAUGAUGUGCAAAGAUUCUGAAUACAUCUCGAGCCGAUCUUUUUGGGAAUACUAAAGUAUAGAGUGUGAAUGAGUUGAAUGGAAUGGUCUGUCACUGACUCCAAAGCCCCCACCAGUUCAUGGGACGUGGGUAGCCCCACGUAUUAGUUAACGUUGCUAUUUGUCAUGUGCUUGUUUUGGAAUUACCGCAUGGGCUUAUCUCUAACCGUUCGUCAAUCGUCACCGCUACCAAUACAAAAAUGGCUAUUAUCCAACUCCUACUUCCCUCAAAUCCAGAAUCCCAUAAAAAUAAUUUAUAUUUUUACAUUUUUAUUUAUUUAUUUACGAGUAUAGACUCGUAUAUAUUAUUAAGUCAAGACCCUGUUUGCUCUUCCUGAGUUUGCCACCUGAGCCUCCUGAUGCAAACAAGGGGGUUCGCCAAGUGUGUCUAAGAGAAUUGAACAGUAAGGUUGGCCAUGGACACGAACUGUCCGGUUCAUCAUGCCAAGUAUCAGCUCAACCCCACCACCAGCCACGUUUCAGUCAAGCAUUGGUUUUGGAGAGAGAAAACAGGUGAAGAGACCAGCUCAGGCCAGUUCCAGAAAAGGGUGCAUGCGAGGCAAGGGUGGACCCGAGAACGCCACUUGUACUUAUAAGGGCGUUCGCCAGAGGACUUGGGGGAAAUGGGUGGCCGAGAUCCGGGAGCCAAACCGCGGUGCCCGUCUCUGGUUGGGAACUUUCGACACGUCCCAUGAAGCCGCCAUGGCUUACGACGCCGCCGCUCGUAAACUCUACGGAUCCGAAGCUAAACUCAAUCUCCCGGAAGUACUACUGUCCUCCCCCUCCUCGUCAUCUCACAACAAAAAUCAUAUUUGUUCUCAGAUGUCUGAUCAGAAGGGGUUAACAGCGAUCCUGGACCAACCUGAGUUUCUGAAUCAGAAAAAAAUUGAUAGUAUAUCAGGUACUUCUAGAAAUGCUCCUGUCACGGCCGCUGUGGACAGCGUUAUUCCGCUGUGUGACGAGCGCUUUACGAACAUGGAGAGUGAUCAAGUGGAAAGAGUAGAUGGGCUGUGGGGGAGUGUGAACCCCAGCUUGCCUGAGUUUGAUGAUGAUGCAAUAUGGGCGGAGGCUGAGAUGUCUCUCGACUUUCCAAUCAUGGAAAAUCAAAGCAUUUUCGGCGCCAACAUUGCUGAUGGAGCUGGCUGGGAAACUCUACGGUCCCCGUGGUGCAUGUAAAAAAAAAAGAAAAAAGAAAGCUGCUUUCUCCUGAUUGCGCUCCAAAUAACUAUAAUAGGCUUAAUUUAGAUAUAAGCAUACGUAUUAUAUUAUUAAUAAUCAAUUAUGUGUCAGAUAAUAAGAUAUAUACUUAAAUGAAUUAUAAAUAUAGGUAUAAAGUAGACUACAUAUAAGAAGUAGGCAGUAGUUAGUAAGUAGUAGUAGCAGUAGCAUGGGUCUUUGGGAUAUUCAUUAUAUGCGCUUAUUUGUAUGUAUAUAAAUUUCUGUUUCUUUUUUUUUGGUGUGUUCUUCGGGUUUGGGGAGUGAGUACUGUUGUUAUGUAUAAAAUCUCUAGCUGGCAAGCGUUGGUGUGCUCAUUUUAUGAAA